UGGAUGACAUAAAAAAAAUAUUCUGGAGGGAAGAAAAAGGAACUUGGUCGCAAUACUAUUAGAUCCAGUGAGUCGGCUACCGGCAAGGGGGAAAGCGGAUUGGAUUGGAACUGAAGCACACAAAAAAAGCUCUGAAGUUGGAACAACUGUAAAGAAUAUAGUUUAUUUGAACAGGAAACAUGGGUGACAUUGAAAAGGGGAAAAAGGCUUUUGUUCAGAAGUGUGCCCAGUGCCAUACUGUUGAAAAUGGAGGGAAGCACAAGGUCGGGCCAAACCUCUGGGGUCUGUUUGGACGCAAGACCGGACAGGCGGAAGGCUUUUCCUACACGGAUGCCAACAAAGCCAAAGGCAUUGUCUGGGAUACCGAUACCCUCAUGACUUACUUGGAGAACCCCAAGAAAUACAUUCCAGGAACAAAGAUGAUCUUUGCUGGCAUCAAGAAGAAGGGAGAGCGUGCAGAUCUCAUAGCAUAUUUGAAGUCUGCAACUUCCUAGACUAAUGUCUACAUUUUGUUCAAUAUUAAUAUUAUUAUUAUUUUUUUGUCUUCGAGAAAUAUCAACUGUUCAGAGAAGGGGGAUCUUUUCAAGAAGCUUAGACUUGUAUUCUUAAUCAGUUAUGUCUGGUGAUUGUUGUGGCUUUCAAUAGCCUGCAUGACAUAACUGCUGGGACUCUGAAUGGCGUUUGCAUGAUCAGUUGCCAUAUUGAUCACGGCUGUAUCUUUGUCUUUGUUUCUCCAUCUUGAUGGCGUAUAUUCUAUCCCCUGGUUUAACAGGUGCUAAUAUACAUCAAUUAUUGAGCCAUAGACUAAGGGUUCCAGAAUGUAUUGAGUCAAAGCUGUGUGACUAUAUGCUUUGAAAACAACAACAAAAAAAUGGUCUAAAUUACAUUAUGGCUACUGGUUUUAAUACUUGCAUGGCUAAUGCAAACGGUCAAUCAGAUUUGGAAGAGUUUGUACAUUUCAACGGGUUACCUUGAAAGUGAUCCCUGGCAAUAUCUUCAUGUUGCUACUACUUCAUGUAUUUUAUGUAGGUUUGUUAAUUUAAUAAAUUACAUGCUAAACAAGUA